UGGUAAACCGUAACGGAAAGAUGACUUUAUCGGAUGAAAUUUGUAAACCUGUAACUAGUCCUAAUACUAUUCAUCGAGAGGUUCUAAACUCUCGUCACCAAUGGGAUAUUAAUGAUAAUAUUUUACCAACGGUAAGAUAAAUUGCUUAGUCUGUCAGCAUAAAUUAGCUAUUACAUAAAGAUUCUUUAACGAGAAGCAGUUGAAAGGCGUAUAAAUAUGUAAAUUAUAUAAAGUUCACAGUGGCGGUUUUUGCGGUUUUUUAAAAUUGAGUUUGAUAAUAUUUGAAGAAAGAAAUAAUAAAUAUGCUAAAGGAGUUGCAUUUACGAGUUAUUUAUCAAUCGACGCCUCGAUAAACACGUGACCCAAAACACGAACGUUGUCACCUCUUAUCUUAUCGAACUUCCGAAAAGUCAAUAGAACGCCGUUAUAAAACAAAGAAGACGUUUUUAAUUUGGUUGAGCCUUCUAAGUAGCCAGUAAACAACUUUGCACCUGCCCCAAUCUGGACGCUUUGUUUUUCAAAGUAGAAUUGGACAUUGGUAUCUUCUUUUAUUUGCAUCUAAUGCAUAGCCAGGAGCGUGUUGACUUUUCAUUAUAUCCGUAUAUGGACAGGGCUCUAAUCGCCUGAAUGUGUGGGUGAAAGGCGCGAAAGCAUCGACUUAGGCGAGCGCGAUACUAUUAAGUUAAUGUUUUAACACCGCUUCGUGCGCCUUUGAAGCGUCUCGUGAUGUAAGCUGGGAACUUGUAACAGGUGUCACGAGUCUCCGACCCCCAGACCUCUCCUUCUUCUCUCUCUGCUGGACGUAAUACUGGCGAGUUAAACAAUGCCGCGUUCCCUAAAUUCUUUCUUAAAUACAGCUUUUAUACUUUAAUCCCCAUAUCCUUUUCUUUUUUGUUUUUCAGAUUUCGGAAUUUGAUUCUUUUCAAGAGUGGCCAAAUGGACACGCUCGCUAUGUCUAUCCAGCCGAUGUUGAAGACGCUAGGCGUCACACAUCGGGAUGGGCAAUGCGAAAUACCAAUAAUCAUAAUGUAAAUAUAUUAAAAAAGAGUUGUCUUGGAGUUUUGGUUUGUUCUAAGCGUUGUGUAUUGGAGAAUGAUGAAAAAGUACACAUGAGACCAGCCAUAUGCGAUAAGGCAAGAAAGAAGCAGAUAAACAAGACUUGCCCGAAUCCUAGAUGUGGGGGUCGAUUGGAGCUGAUGGCCUGCCGAGGACAUUGUGGUUAUCCAGUAACACACUUUUGGAGACAAUCAAAUGGAAUCAUCUUCUUUCAAGCCAAAGGAAUUCAUGAUCACCCACAGCCUGAGGCCAAGUCAUCCGCCGAGGCACGUAGACAUAGUUCAUCGUGUUUGACAAAGGAGAAUAGGCAACCUCGUCUGGCUAUUAGAAGGAUGAAUAGUCCAAAGAAAAGAGCGUCAACGGAGCCAAUUCCACCACCAAUCCCACCCACAUCCCUCCCGCCGACUUUUGACUGUGUACCUCAUAAUACUGCUCGGUUCUUCGAGCCGACUUUUCCAGCCGAUUUCGACGUUGCGAAUCAUACCUAUCCAACAUUACGACAAUACGAAAAUCCGCCUCAAUAUACGGAAUACCAGCAUCAAACUAAUCAUAACGUACCAGCAGAACAGUAUUGUCCGCAAAUUUUCAAUCCAAUUCAGGAAAAUACCUACAAUCCCCCUAACGGCUCGAUUGAUUUAUGCUCCUUUAACGAUCCAUCAGAAUUCAUUCAAUUCCCUAAUAAGCGACCAAAUGAAGAUAUGAUGUCUUUUUGCCCAGCAUAUGCUCAGACCAACCUAAAAACUAGUCCGCCACCACAAAGUUCAAAUUCAUACGUGGAGCUGCAACCUCCCGUUACAACUAACCUUGAUCUGUUUGCCGCACCAUAUUCAACCCUUAGAUACAUAUCCGGAGAUGUUGGCGAAUACAAUCCCUUCCUUCCGACAUUUGGAUAUGCAAAUCAAUAGGAAAAGAGAAGAUAGAGAAGAAGAACGGAGAACAAGAAAAAAGAACUAUAUUACAAUUUCGCUACACUUGACUAAAUUAAUUUAUUUGUUUCUCUUUUUCAAUAAGUGUCAUUUAUAUGAAAAACAUAGAUAAAUUCUUGUUUUUAGAGAUAUUGUUAUCAUAUUUCUAUAUUUUUUCUCUAUAAAAAAUGGACCAGUAGUAGCCCUAAGGACUUUUCUUCGAGUUUCUAAAUCGACCCGCAUAAUAAUAGAACUAGGCUAUAAAAAUCGACUUUUAACGUCUACAGCUACUUAGAUAUACACAAUUAGAAAAGAACGAGAAAGAAAAAAGAUUUUUUGAAAGAGGGGAAGAGAAGGGGAGCGAAUGUGAUAGCUAUAUUUAAAAAUAAGCUAGAAAAUGUGAUUCAAACAUUUCCCGCAGAUUUUUUUAUUAUUAAUGAAUAUAUUAACACAAUUAUUAUUAUUGUAGUUUAAUCCCCUGACUUUCUUUUUUCGCCAG